CUGUGGACAUUUACUACAAGCCGUACCAGCGCUGGCAGCAGAGACUCAUGGCGGAGGACCAAAUCGGCCUCCUGUGCCACGGCAGCGAAGGCGGGUUCACGGUCGUGGAUUUCACCAACUUGGACCCGGAAGGCGAGCUCUGCCUGCUGCACCACCCUGCACUUCCUGCUUCUGCCUCGCACAAGAACACUGAAGAAGAAGAAGCAGACUGGAUGAUUAAGAAGGUGCGGGUACCCCCGGGCCCCAAUUUUCGCCGUUGGAUCACUGACGCCAUCAUCCCCCUCCAUGGACGCUUCUUGUGCUUGGUUGACAACUACCAGGGCAUACUUGUUGUUGACGUCCUCCGUGCCGCCAGCGUCAAGAGCGCCACAGAUCAGCUGCUCCAUUACAUCCCGCUGCCUGACGAAGCUUUGCAAUCUGACCGCCGCCCACAUCCCGAUGGAGACUGCCCUGACAGAGCUCGAUGUGUCUGCGUCACUGCUGAUUUCACGCUCAAACUCGUCUGCGUUACCACCCGUAAAGCCAACCGAGCGCGCUCUCCUUUCACAAUAAGAUCAUGGACAUUGCCUAACUUCUACCGAAGUGGGCAAUGGUACAGAGGUCACACCAUGGAGGCAGCCGAGUUCUGGGGUCUUUACAAUGGCCAGAGCCUUCCACGGGUGAAGCCUUGGUAUCCUCUGGUUAGCUUGGUAAAUCCAAAUGAAUUCUGCUUCCUGUUGAAGGAGGACCACACCACUUACUGGAUAAUUGAAGUCGACAUGGGGAACAAGAUGCUCAAGUCAUCCGCCAUCUAUAUCAAUGAAGAGGAAGAAGGGUGCACCACUGACAGGCCUAGGGCUCGCAGGAUCGUCUUUGAUGGACACUCCUUCAUCCCUAGCAGAAUCUCCUAUUACCUGGGCAUGGAUGAUGCCAACAAAAGUCAGGAACUAAGUGAAAUGAUGCAGAAGGCAAAGCAGCGCAGGGUUGCGCAAAAGAAGAGUCAGUUGGAAGUGGAGCAAGCCGAAUCGAAGGAGCAUGUUGCUGAAUCGAAGGCAGCCAAAUGCCGUGCUUGAGCAUGGGUAAUCGAAGGAGCAUGUUGCUGAAUCGAAGGCAGCCGUGCUUGAGCAUGGGUUGGUGGUGAUAGUCGAGGAAGUGACAAACUAUCGCCUUACAAUUAUUUCAAGUAGUAUAUUACUGCCAAUGGCUUAUGUUUGGUGUGAUGGACUUUGAACACCUCUACAGGCCACAGAGCCCAUAGUGGUGGUGCUUGCUGUUUAAGAACUACUAAUUUAUUAGCUGUAGCAUGUGAGAGAGCA